AGGUCGACCAGAUCAUCGUACUUGAGUGGGCGUCGCCAGCCAUGCCAGAUCUGUCCGUUCUGCCACCACCAAGUGAUUCGAGAGAGGAAGGUGGCGUGUUCCUCUGGACAUGAUUUCCGCUGAAGAUAACUGUAUAAAAGGGUGAAGGGAAUCACACUUUGCACAGGCGAAGGCUCAUAAUCAAUAUUCUAGCAGCAAGAGAACACAAUGUACACGGUCUUCAACAUCGGAAUAAUUGCAGCAUUCUUUGCUUGCGCUUUAGCAACUUAUCCACUACAAGUUCAAAAUGAAGUUGAGAAUAAACAGACAGUUGGAGAUGUGAAUAGGGCUCUCUCCUACAUACCUCUUAUUGACAAACUUCGUGGUCGGCCGGGUCGUGAUGGUAUGCCUGGAAGAGACGGGUUGCCAGGAGAACAAGGACUGAGGGGACCCGCAGGAAUCCAAGGACUUCCCGGACCAGUCUCAGCUGGAGUGACCUACAUCAGGUGGGGGAGGACCACCUGCCCUGAGGCACUAGGAACGGAACUAGUUUACUCAGGAAGAGCUGCUGGUACUGACUACUUACACAAGGGAGGGAGUGCAGAGAAAAUAUGUCUACCUAACAAUCCGGACUAUCUUUCAAGUCCAAACGGAGUGCAAGGAUACAGUCCACUACAUGGAGCAGAGUAUGAAAUGUAUGCACCGCAACCACUCAACCUUUUAAACCACAACGUCCCCUGUGCAGUCUGCUAUGUGCCCACUAGAGCAGCCAUGAUUAUGAUUCCAGCCAAGACUCAAUGCCCCACCUCCUGGACGAUCGAAUAUGUCGGCUAUCUGAUGACUGAACACCACGGCCACGCUCGUUCAGUGUUCUCCUGUGUUGACAAAGAUGCUCAGAGCAUUCCCGGCGGGGUUGGUGAUGAAAAUGGAGCAUUAUUCUACCAUGUUGAGGCAACAUGCAAUGGCAUUCUCUGUCCUCCUUAUGACACAGAGAGAGAGCUGACAUGUGCAGUUUGCACCAAGUGAAACAAUGAUGUACAUGCAUGACUAUUGAACAAUUACAUAUAAUUAUAUAUACGUGUACGUGUAGGUUUGUAAGUUUGCGCAUGAUUUUGUGAGUGGAUCGUGAUUAUCUACAAUUAUAGGCCGGUGA